UGAUUCUCUCAUGCACCCCCCCACCCCACCCACCUACCCCUCCCCACCGAACACACUGUUGUGAAAUUUCUACUAGGUAAACUGUGGCGAAAUAAGUAGAGCUUAACCUAGCUUAAUCACACAGUCAUCAUCAAAUCUUGACUCAUUUUGCUUUGUUGCUGCAUUCUUUCAUUUCUAGGCUUUAUUUGGGAAAUCCCAGAAUAUUUGUCGACUUUUCUUGAAUUAAUUUGAGCAAAAAACUUGUGGGGUUGGUAGAAAAUGGCUGGUUGUUCAUCAGGUAUCAGGUCAUCUCAGUUUACAUCUCUGAAAAAUGAAAUCUUUAUCAUGGGGUCCAUAAAAGACUCUAACUUUACGUUUGUUAAGAGACAAGAUUUUGUGGGUAUGAGGAAAAUCGGUUAUUUGGUUUGUCAGGAGAAUUACAAGUCAAGAUUUUUGGUUAAGAGUUCAUUGAAUCCAGAGGGUAAAUCAAUAUCUGGUGUUAGUGUAGAGACAGUACUCAAAGAGAAUGAUACUUAUUCUGUUGGGAAAGAUGUAAGUAUUCUUGAUGCUGAUAAUGGUGGUGAUGGGGAGGGAGAUUUAGCUGUUGGGAAUGGUGGAAACGGGAAAUACCCUGGUGGUGGUGGUGGCGGCGGAGGUGGUGGUGGAGGGGACAAUGGAGAAGGUGAUGAGGAGGAAGAUGAAUUUGGGCCAUUACUGAAGUUUGAGGAUGUGAUGAGAGAGGCAGAGGCUCGUGGGGCUACACUUCCUGCUGAUAUGAUAGAGGCUGCAAAGAGUGUUGGGAUCAGGAAGCUACUUUUGCUUAGAUAUUUGGACUUGCAGGGGUCAGCUUUGCUCGGCACUGCAAUGAGGUCGUGUGCUAUGCUGCGGAACAGAAUGUUGGCUGAUCCAUCAUUUCUUUUCAAAGUUGGAACUGAGAUAGUCAUUGAUACUACUUGUGCAACAGUAGCAGAAGUUCAAAAGAGGGGCAAAGAUUUUUGGGCGGAAUUUGAAUUGUAUGCUGCAGAUAUGUUGGUUGGUGUUGCUGUCAAUGUAGCUCUAGUUGGGUUGCUAGCACCAUAUGCUCGAAUUGGGCAACCUUCUGUAUCUCAAGGUUUUGUUGGUCGUUUUCAGAGAGCUUAUGGAGCACUUCCAAGCAGCGUUUUUGAAGCUGAAAGGCCAGGGUGUAGAUUUUCAUUGAAUCAGAGAAUUGCUGCUUAUUUUUACAAGGGCAUUCUAUAUGGAUUCGUUGGGUUUGGAUGUGGUAUCAUUGGCCAAGGAAUUGCAAAUAUGAUAAUGACUGCCAAGCGGAGCGUCAAGAAAUCAGAGCACGAUGUUCCUGUUCCACCUCUUGUAAAGAGUGCAUUACUUUGGGGUGUUUUCCUUGGAGUUUCUUCAAACACCAGGUUACAGAUUGUGACCGGAUUAGAACGUCUGGUUGAAUCUUCUCCAAUGGGAAAGCAGUUUCCGCCUGUUGCAAUGGCAUUCACAGUUGGUGUGCGAUUUGCCAACAAUAUAUAUGCUGGAAUGCAGUUUGUGGACUGGGCGAGGUGGAGUGGUGUGCAGUAACUUUAUGCUUCUUUUCUCUUUCGGGCAUUCUCAGCGAGGAUCAUCAGUGUUUCUUCACUCGAAAUCAAAACCUUAGGGUUAGAGAUGGAGGCGACUUAUAACUAAGCCAACUAGUUUUGUCACUUGUUUGUGCUUCUAGCUCAAUAAUUCCAUCCUUGUUGUAUUCUAGUUGAUGAAGUGAGUUUUGGUUACAUCAAAUAUCAAAGGAAACAUGUUUGCUCCAUGUGAUGUGUGAGCUUGAGACACGUCACGAGUUCGAACCCUGUAUUUAAGUGGGGAAGGAUGGAUCUAUUAUCGUUGAGUUUCUAAUCAAUCGUGAAUGAUUCUAAUUUUAUGAUUUUGAAA